CGCUCUCUCUCGUUGUGAACUUUUGAGUUCUUAUGGUUUCUCUUCGAGUCUGAAUAUUCAAUCCUCCAAGGCUGUUUUGUCUUUGAGAUCUGAUUUGUUUCGUAUUGCAGAGAUUCAAAUAACGUGUGCAAAAACCUUGACGAAGGAAGGAUUCAUCAGCCAAACUGGGUUUCUGAUUUGAAAAUGGCGGUAAAUCUGACGGGAGGUGCCAUAGCUAUGCUCUGUAAUGGUGAGGCCCAAGAAACUGACUUGAAGCCUGUUCUCCAAGUUACGGACAUCAGACUAGUGAACACACAACAGCAGAGCACAAACGAACGGUAUCGGAUACUGCUUUCAGAUGGUUCACAUCUGCAACAGGGGAUGCUUGCGACGCAGAUGAAUUAUCUCGUUAAAUCCGGGAAGUUGCAGAAAGGAUCGAUUGUCAGGUUGACUCAGUUUGUCUGCAAUGUCAUCCAGGGUCGAAUGAUUAUUAUUAUCAUUGAUUUGGAUGUGAUUCUUGAAAAGUGCAAUCCUAUUGGAGAACCAAAGCAAUAUGCUCAAGGUGGUGCUACGGGCGGUCCUCCUGCUUCAGCGGCAAGGCCUUCUGUUUCUGUCCAGCCUUCUGUGAAUCAGUCUGGGGUACCAACUGGGAAUACUCAAUCAUAUGGGGUUGGUUCACUUGCCAGUGAUCAAGUAGGUGGACAAAAUGGAGCUGGUGGAGCUCCUCAUACUCCAAAAGCUGAACCUGUUCCAUCUUAUGGUAGUUCGUAUUCUGGAAAUCCUAUCUCGGGACAAUAUUCUGCACCUCAUGGAACUCGUAUGUAUCCCAAAACAGAUGUUGGUUCUGGCCAUCCUGUUUCAGCACAACCUGGGAGUUACAGUGAACAAAACCAAAGUUUUCGCAAUGCCCAAGUGGAAGGAUCACGGGCUACUAUGAAUACUUAUUCCCGUCCUAUGCAGCCCUCAAAUCAUCAGCCACCACCAAUGUACACAAACAGAGGACCUAUAGCCAAGAAUGAAGCUCCUACUCGGAUAAUCCCUAUUGCUGCUUUAAAUCCCUAUCAAGGUAGGUGGACAAUUAAAGCCAGGGUGACAGCCAAGGGGGACCUCCGGCACUAUAAUAAUCCUCGGGGUGAUGGAAAGGUCUUCUCUUUUGAUCUGCUUGAUUCUGAUGGUGGAGAAAUACGGGUAACCUGCUUUAACACAGUGGCUGACCAGUUCUACAGCCAGAUUGAGGCUGGGAAAGUGUACAUGAUUUCCAAGGGAAGUUUGAAACCUGCUCAAAAGAAUUUCAAUCACCUAAAUAAUGACCAUGAGAUCUUCCUGGAAAGCACUUCAACUGUACAACCCUGCUUUGAGGAUGACAACUCAAUACCUAGACAGCAAUUCCAUUUCCGCCCCAUAAGUGAUGUCGAAGGCCUGCAGAGCAAUGCGAUUGUGGAUGUUAUUGGAAUAGUUUCUUCCAUCAAUCCGUCCACUUCAAUAAUGAGGAAAAAUGGAACUGAGACUUACAAAAGGACCCUCCAGUUGAAGGACAUGUCUGGCCGAAGUGUUGAGUUAACUCUCUGGGGGAAUUUCUGCAAUGCAGAAGGGCAGAGACUGCAAGAUAUGCGUGAUUCUGGGGAAUUUCCCGUUUUGGCCGUAAAAACUGGUAGAAUCAAUGACUUCAAUGGGAAGGCAGUGGGGACAAUUGGUACGAGUCAGUUGUUUAUAGAUCCAGACUUCCCAGAAGCCCACGGGUUAAAGGAUUGGUUUCACAAUGAGGGAAAGAAUGCUCCCUCUAUUUCUAUUUCAAGGGAAACAUCCGGAGUUGGGAGGACUGAUGUCCGUAAGACUGUGUCCCAGAUCAAGGAUGAAAAGCUAGGAACAUCUGAGAAGCCAGAUUGGAUCACCAUCAGUGUCACGGUUACGUUCAUUAAGGUUGAUAACUUCUGCUACACGGCCUGUCCCAUCAUGAUUGGGGACCGUCAGUGUAACAAGAAGGUUAUUAACAAUGGAGAUGGGAAAUGGCGGUGUGAUAGGUGUGAUCAGUCUGUUGAUGAAUGUGACUAUAGAUACAUUCUUCAGAUGCAGAUACAAGAUCAUACAGGUUUAACAUGGGUUACUGCCUUCCAGGAAACUGGUGAGGAGAUCAUGGGUAUAUCUGCAAAGGACUUGUAUUAUUUAAAACAUGAGCAACAGGAUGAUGACAAAUUUGCAGAGAUUAUACGUAAGGUUCUAUUUACUCGGUUUAUAUUCAAGUUGAAAGUGAAAGAGGAGACAUUCAGUGAUGAACAACGUGUUAAGUCAACUGUGGUCAAAGCUGAGAAAGUUGAUUAUACAUCUGAAUCCAAGUUUCUUUUAGCUUCGAUUGAUAAGCUUGAAGGAGGGGAUACUAGUGCUUUUGCCCCAAGAGCAACUAUCAAUCCUGAUUUUUCAAUGAGUCAUGCUGGAUAUGGAGGCAUGGGAGUCAGGUCUGCUGCGCCUCCUGUGGUGAAUUACUUGGGGACUAACAGUAAUGCUGGUAGAGAUAUGGGUCUACCUGCAAAUCAGGUGGGUCAGUAUGGAAACCAAUACAGUAGUGCAAGGGGCUCAGCUGUGUCGACGGGUGUGUAUCUACACUGUAACAGCUGUGGUGGCACAGGCCACACUGCUCAGAACUGCCCGAGUGUGAGUGUACAAGGACAACCAAUGGGAGGAGGUUUUGUCAAUAGGGCUUCUUCUGCUGGAGGAAGUAGCGGUGGUACCUCUGGUGAGUGCUACAAAUGCCAUCAAGUUGGACACUGGGCAAGAGAUUGUCCUGGACCAAUUGCCGUAAAUUCGGCAUAUGGAAGCGGUGGUAUUGCUGGAAGAUAUGGAGGUGUUCCAAAGCAACAAGUUGGAGGAUUUUGAAUUUUCUAAUGGUGAAAUUUGUAGAAGAUAGUUUAUGCACUGCCAAUGCUUAAUUGGGGAGGAGUUAAUUGAUCAGAAUGUAAUUUCCAUUGGCGUUCUGGAAAUGAAGCUGCCCCUUCUGUCAUGAUUGGUAAAAGCUGACUAAAGUUUUUCUGUUCACCAAUCGGAGAGUUACUUUUGCUCCCAAUUCUGUAGCUCUCAUCCCUGAACAAAAUCCUGUGAAAAAAAGCAUGGAACCCUAGGAGGCGCUUUUCUUUUAUUCCUGUUAUAUAUUUUCGUGGGCUUUUUGGGCUACCUACCAGUGUACAUGCUUUUGCAUUUUAAAUUCUCUUUUCC